AAUGACUGACUUGGGUCAACCAUAAAUUAUAUUUUACAAUUUUUAUGCUAAACAAAAUGAUUAUAACAAAGAAACCAAUGUAAACUACAUCAUAUUUUUCAGUUAGUUUCCCACAACAAAUCAAUGGAAGAAAAACCACACAUAGUAGUUGUUCCAAGUGCAGGAUUCACCCACCUAGUACCAAUCCUUGAAUUCUCCAAACGCCUUGUUAAUCUCCAUCCACAAUUUCACAUCACAUGCAUCAUCCCUUCAAUUGGUUCACCACCAUCUUCUUCAAAAUCUUACCUUCAAACACUUCCACCAACCAUUUCAUCAAUUUUUCUUCCACCUAUAAACGUUGACCAAGUUCCAGAUGCUAAAAUUCUUGCAGUCCAAAUUUCACUCUCAGUAAAACACUCUUUACCUUAUAUAGAACAAGAAUUAAAAUCCUUAUGUUCUAGAUCCAAAGUUGUUGCUGUAGUUGCUGAUGUUUUUGCACAUGAUGUUUUGGAUAUAGCUAAGGAUUUCAAUCUCUUGUGUUAUAUAUAUCUUCCACAAGCUGCUAUGGUUCUUUCUACUUACUUUUAUUCAUCAAAGUUAGAUGAGAUUCUUUCUGAUGAGUCUAGAGAUCCAAAUGAACCUAUCAAGGUUCCUGGCUGUGUAGCUUUUGAUCUUAAGGAUCUUCCUCUUCCUUUUCGAUUUCGAUCGAAUAUUGGUUACACAAAAUUUCUUGAACGUGCAGAAAAAUAUCAUCUUUUUGAUGGGGUUUUUGUUAAUAGUUUUCUUGAAUUUGAAGAAGAUGCUAUAAAGGGUUUGAAAGAAGAGAAGAAGAAGCCUAUGGUUUAUCCUGUGGGGCCUAUAAUUCAAAAGGUGUCAAUUGGUGAUGAAAAUGAGGUAAAAUGUUUAACUUGGUUAGAAAAACAAGAACCUAAAUCUGUUUUGUUUGUGUCUUUUGGAAGUGGUGGAACACUUUCACAAGAGCAAGUGAAUGAGUUAGCUUAUGGGUUAGAAUUGAGUGGUAAAAAAUUUCUUUGGAUUUUAAGAUCACCAAGUGGUGUUGCUAAUGCUACUUACUUUGUUGGUGAAAAUGAAAUUGAGGACCCUUUGAGAUUUUUACCAAGUGGGUUUUUGGAAAGAACAAAGGAACAAGGAUUGGUUGUACCUUGUUGGGGUCCACAAAUUCAAGUACUUGAACAUAAUUCAACUGGUGGGUUUUUAUCUCACUGUGGUUGGAAUUCAGUACUUGAAAGUGUUGUCUAUGGUGUGCCUAUAAUUGCAUGGCCAUUGUUUGCUGAACAAGGGAUGAAUGCUACUAUGUUGUGUGAUGGUGUGAAAGUGGCUUUGAGACCAAAAGCUAAUGAUGGUGGGUUGGUUGAAAGAGAUGAGAUUGGAAAAGUAGUUAGGGAAUUGAUGGAUGGUGAAGAAAGGGUUGAAAUUCGUAAGAGAAUUGAACAUUUGAAAAAUGCUGCUAAUGAUGCUAUUGAUGAAAUGGGAUCAUCUACAAAGGCUUUGUCACAAGUGGUUGCUAUUUGGAAUGGUAUUUAGCAAUUAGCAUAAUAUGAAGACAUAAAGAAUAAUUCUCAAUUUUCUUAGAUUUGUUUUUGUUGUUUAAUCACAAUCCUUUUAUGUAUUUGAAGUUACUUGCUUGUGCUAAUUUUUAGCAACCUUGAAGAGGUGUUCGUUCUAUUCCUUUUAUGUUCAUCAUAAUAAUAAAUAAUGGAAGGAGGAAGGUUUACCUAACUAA